GAGUCGCAGAGAGCAGACGUACACACGGGUUGAUAUUUUGGACUGACAACGCACGGCAACGGCACCAUGGUGCAGCAAACGGACAACAGCGAAACGGACAGCAUGUCUAGAGAAGCCACUGACUCUGAUGAAAGCGAAUUCAUGGUCUCGAUAAACCCAGACUGGUGCAAGACAGCCACCGGACACAUAAAGCGACCGAUGAACGCGUUCAUGGUGUGGUCUAAAAUCGAGCGGAGAAAGAUCAUGGAACAGUCUCCAGACAUGCACAACGCCGAGAUCUCCAAACGCUUGGGGAAGCGCUGGAAAAUGCUGAAAGACAGCGAAAAGAUACCUUUCAUCAGGGAAGCCGAGAGACUCCGGUUGAAACACAUGGCUGACUACCCCGACUACAAAUACAGACCGAAGAAGAAACCAAAGCUGGACAGUUCAUCCAAACCUUCAGCCCCGUCUCCGGAAAAGUGCAGCAAGACUUCCAAGAGCUCCAAGAAAUGUCCCAAACUGAAAGCGAACAAGACGGGGAGCAAGUCGUCGUCUCACGGCUACGGAGACGAGUACGCGUUCAAGAGCACGAAAGUUUCAAAGACUGUUCACAUUAAAAGUGAAUUCACGGACGAAGACGACGAUGACGACUCCGAGGAGGACUCUCGGGUCAGGGUGAAAGAGGAGGAAGAGGAUCCGAUACGAGCCUACAAUGUAGCAAAAGUUCCCGCCAGCCCAACUUUGAGCUCGUCCACCGAGUCUGAAGGCGCCAGCAUGUACGAGGAGGUCCGGAACAACAGACUCUAUUACAACUUCAAAAACAUCACCAAGCAGAGCACAAUGUAUCCCGCAUCCGUCUCACCAGCAUCCUCUAGGUCCGUUUCCACGUCUUCCAGCUCGAGCGAAGACGCGGACGACUUGCUUUUUGACUUCAGUUUGAACUUCGCCUCCUCCGCGCAAAGCUCGGAGCUGGGCAGCCAAAAUCCAGGGAAUCUCUCCCUCUCUCUGGUGGAUAAGGAGUUGGAGUCUUUUAGCGAGGGCAGCCUGGGCUCCCACUUUGAAUUUCCAGACUAUUGCACGCCUGAGCUCAGCGAAAUGAUAGCUGGGGACUGGCUCGAAGCGAACUUUUCGGACUUGGUUUUUACAUACUAAAUAAGACUAUUCCCAAGUAAUAACACACACGGGAGAGAGGUAUAAUGCUCUGUUCUGUACGUAUUUCUUUCCCCUGCCUUCCACUGCUGGUCCACCUAUAGGGGUUUUGGGACGAAGGCGCGUAUGGCAAGCUGUUUAAACGUUUAUUUCUAGAAACUACUUUGUGUCUAUCAGUACAUUUUUUAAACUGCAAGUAAUUCAGAUGUGAAUAGUAUGUUUUUUUGCUUUUUAAAGGAAAAAAAAUGUGAUUACCAAAAAAAUGUGACUGUGUUAUUACAAUGGACAGUUAACCAGGAAUAAUAACUAAUUAAAAUAGUACUGGUUGCUCAGUAAACACAGCAGCAUUUGGAGACACGUCAAAAGAUAUAGCAAAGGUAUAUGAAAUAAAUAAACUAUUUAAAGAACAAUCGGUAGUGAAAAUAAUAAGAUAAAAUGUAUAGUUUGUAUUGGAUUGCUUUCAUGUAAUUAAGUAAUAAUAACGAAACAGAUACUUUUUAGUUUGAAGGUAUAAAUGUUAAAAUGGCUUGCCAUAAGGCAGGGAGAGGUUUGAGGAUUUAGAUGCUCAUGAAGCUGGUACUGUAGCAAAAAAAAAAAGAAAAAAAGAAAAAAGUCUGCGGACAUUUUUCCCCCUUUUUUUUCUGGCAGCAUGACAGGGUUUUAUGGAUUUUUCUGUAGGUCUACAAUUACUGUUCAACUAAAGCGGACCACAAAGGGAAAAUCUGAGAACUUCUAUGCAUCUUAUACCCUCUUUCUAACUGCAGGGAGCUGAAAAUGUAAAGACUGUGGACUGACUCAAAGCAAAUCUGUGAACUAUUACUGUUCAGGACAUUUCUUUUAAAAUGUUGUUCAGUCAUUUCUAAAUACCGGAUUUUUUUUCUUUACUUUUCUUUUAUUUUUUUAGUGAUUCUGAUUCUGUUUACCUACUGGUUUGAAACUUAAGCAGCCUAAACCUCCUUAGAGUUGCAGGUGUUCGAGGAAGCAUUUUGAUACAUAACAGACCUCAUCUUUUUAAAAGAAAGCAAACUAUUUUCAGGCAUAUUUUUGUACAGUUACAAAGGGAAUGUUCUUACUGGGCACUCAGUGAGUUUCAGGCACUUCUUCCCUUUAUCAUUUGUUUUAAAGCAUGCAAGGGAGUCCUGGUUUAAGGAUUAAGUUUAAAUUAAAACUUGCAUCAAAAAUGCCUUGUGAUUUUAAGCUAGGUUUUGUACAGCUGUAGAUCAAAUUUGUUGAGUAUUUGUAGGACAUAUGGCAUUGGGGAGGGAGGAGAUGUAUACCUCAGUGCUGGUAUUAGUUUCAAGAUUGUAUAUGUACUGUAAAAUAGUAAAGUUAGGAGUUUAUGUAUAUCAUACUCGUGAUAUGUGGAUGGGUCCCAAAUCGCAGGUGUGAGACUGGAUUUGUUAUCUUUUUUUUAUUUUUUUAUUUUUUAUGGCACAUACUGUUUCCCCUUCAUUUUUUGUGCAAUAUAUUUACUUGUAAAUGCAGACCAUCUACAUUUUUUUUUUGCAUUUUUGUAGCAAAAUGAUGGACAGGCAGCGUUCUGCUGUGUUAACAUCAUUAUUUGUCAUAAUGCUGAAGUCAUUGAUGAAUAAAGAAAUCAGCUGGAACUGAUCGUAACUGAAUAUGGUCACACAGUGUGCUUUUCUGUGGAGGAAAAACCCCACCAUUUCUCUUCAAACUGACCCACAAAUUUGGACAAUCUACGUCCUGCAGCCAAUUUGAAUAUGACUCGUUAUUUUAUUUUAUAUUUUUGAAUAUGUGCCAUAAUGGGCAAAUAAUGAAUGUCGGUGGUCUGGCUGAAGAAAAAAAAAAAAAAAAACAAGAAAGCAAAAAAGGUACAUUCCAUAUCCUUGUUUCAUAUGAUGAAACUUUUAUUUUCAACUCAAGACUGCCGUCUUUUCUAUUAAAAACAACAACUACAACAACCAUAAACCUGUAUUUUUGUUUCUUGCACUUAAACAUAUUUUGUUUAUUUUUAUGUGGGUCUGACAUGAAGUCUGUUUUUGAUACAAGGUUUGGAAUAUGAUAGACUCUUUGCCAGGGAACAUGGUGAAGCAAGGCAGCCUAUAGCCUCACAUUCCAAAUGUGAACCUCUCUUUGACUCAUCUUUUAAUAAACAAAUACUUACCACCA